AUGUUCUACUGUUUAUCAUCAAUAAAAAAGCCAAAGAAGUAGUUCAAUUUACUUCACUUGGAAUCUAAUGAACUUUACAUACUUUCUUUGGGCGUUUCCUUAAUAGUUGAUUUAAAUACCGAAGAGUAAAAAUCAUCUUUGAUUCAUAUAUUAUUUGAUCAAAUAAAUUGUUUAAAUGAUAAUUAUUUUUAGAAUAAAACAUUCAACCUCUAAAAAUUGUUUACUAAAUUAAUAUUUUAUAAUGGUAGGGUAUAAGGAAAGCUUCAUUUAUGUAGCAGGUCUCUAGUGUUUGAACCUUUUGAUAUUGAUUUGCCUCUUAUUAAAAUGAAAUAUUCUCAUAACAUUUCCCUUAAAUUAAUUAAAAGUGUUAAUUGCCAAAAGCUUUAAGCACUACUCUAGAUAUAAUUACCAGCUAGCUAAUUAAAUGAAGGUAAAAUAGAAAAAGAGAUUUAGAAGCUAUAAGGAUAAAGUAAUUAGGCUAGACCUUAAUCACCUUUAAACUAAGAUCUUAAAAAUAAAAAAAAGGGAGAAUUAGUAACUAGACUAUAUAGAUAAUAAAAACAAUCAAGUAAUAGCAUUAAAGAAUCAUAAAGUAUUUAAUAAUAGUAAAACUACUUCAAAGAUGUCUUAAUGAAUGCAAUUUUUAUUUAGAAUGAUAAGCUUUUUGUAAUUCAUAGAAAUCCUAUUUCUCCUUACCUCACAGAAAUAAAUACAGACAACAUAAUUUUUAGCAUUGACAAAACAAAUACAAAAGAAUAAAUUAUUAGAUUCCUUAAGUUUUAUGAUGGCUUUAUAAGGACAAAAGAUGAAACUUUGUACAUUAAUUUUAUCAUAGAAAAUUCAGUACAGUAAAGUAUGAAGGAGUUUGCAGAAUAAAAAAAAAAUCAAGGGAAACAGAUAAACUUUAUUCAUAAAGCUAUGAAAAUAACUCCAGAAGGUAACAUUCAUGGGUUCUGGACUUCAAUAGGAACAAGUUUGAUGUUUUGCCCAAUUAUAAACAGCAUUGAUUCUAAUAUUAUUGAAUAUAAGCUAUCAGAUGUAAAAGGAUUUUUGAAAUACAGAUACCUGAUGAAGCAUUAAGGAAUAGAAAUAUGGUUUUAUAACAAAAAGAGAAGCUUAUUACUUGUCUUCGAUGAUAAUUAAACAUAAUAAACUGUCUUCUCAUAUUUGGGAGAAGCAUGCACAAAAGUAUAAUAGUAUGGUUAUAACUAAGAUUAAAUCACUUAACUCUGGAUAAAUAAUUCUAUUUCUAAUUUUGAAUAUCUAAUGUAUUUAAAUACUAUAGCUAAUAGAUCAUUUAAUGAUAUAAGCUCUUAUCCAAUUUUUCCAUGGAUAGUAGGUGAUUAUAGAUCUGAAUCAAUUGAUCUAGAUAAUCCUGAAUUUUUUAGAGAUUUAUCUAAGCCAGUAGGAGCUUUAAAUAAACAUAGACUUCAAAAGCUAAAAGACUUCUACACUGACAUACUGAGAGAGAAAUAUAAAAAUGCAGAAGGGUAUUUAUAUCCAACACAUUAUAGCUCUCCAGGAUUAGUUGUCUACUUUUUGAUUAGAAAAAUUCCAGAAUUUGUUAUUAAAUUAUAAAAUGGCGUUUUUGGUCCAACAGAUCGUAUUUUUAGGGGAGUUGAGAGCACUUGGGACAACACUCUUAAGCUAGAUGCAGAUUUUAAAGAAUUAAUACCAGAAUUCUAUUAUUCAGAUGGAGAUUUCUUAGUAAAUAAUGAAAAACUAGAGUUAGGUAUUUCUCCAGAAGGAGAUAUUAUAGAUGAUGCACUUAUUCCAAACUGGGCUGAAAAUGUUCAUGAUUUCAUUUAAAAAAUGAAAUUGUGUAUUGAGUCAGAUUACGUUAGUAAGAACAUACAUCAUUGGAUUGAUUUGAUUUUUGGAUACAAGCAAACAGGAGAACAGGCAAAAAAAUCCAAUAAUUUAUUCUACCCUCUAACUUAUGAAUAAAAUAUAAACUGGAGUAAAUAUUAAUCUCCUUAUGAGAAGGCUGCCAUGGAAAUCCAAGUGUAGGAGUUUGGGCAAUGUCCUGUUCAAGUUUUUAAAAAAUAACACCCACAAAGAAAACCCAAACAUAUUUAUUCAGGUCCUAACAAUCUCCAAGAAUAAUAUAAUUUGUUGAUAAAAAAGUAUCAAAAUUUAAAAGUAGAAAAUGAAACAGUAAAAUAGUAAUUGGCUGCAUAAGAAGAUAAUCAACAAUAAAAAUUGUAAACUGAAGAGAUAUAGUUCCUUUAAAACUAGCAUGCAGUUUAAUUGCUUGACAUGCAAAACAAAAUUAAGUACUUGUCGCAGUAAAACGAAAAUCUAAAAUAGUUCAUAAAAGGAUUUUAAGAAAAAAUGGACCAAGAAAAUAGCGUCAGCAGUAAUUUUUUAUAGGCAGUCGAAGAUUAAAGCGGAUAAGCUAUAAACGAGAACGAUUUUGAUUUUUUAAACGAAACAGAAAACUCUACAAUAUGA